AACGUCUACAAAUUAGACGUUUUGAAAAACGUCUAAAAACACGAUUAUUAUGUAUUGACUAUUCAUUGAAUAGUUUGUUAUUCAUUGAAGACAAGCGUUGAACCAAUUGUUGAGACUAUUUGUUGAUUGGAUUUUCGGUGAAAGUCUUAAGUAAUGGAAAUGACGACAAAGAUUGACAACUGGGAUGAGUCGCUCGGCAUAAAUGACUUCAAUACUGACGAUAAGCCAAAAGCCGCCGAAGAAAACCAAUUGACAACAAAAAUUGAAAACAUAAACCUAUCGGCCGGUGAUUCGUCGGCAUCAGUAUCGACAACAAACGGGACAACAACUGAAUUGACUGCUGAUGAAAAUGUUUCAACGGCCGACUUGUCUUAUAUGAGAAAAGUGUUGAGAAAUAAAUUACUUCACACGAAAAACAACGUUGAGGUUCACCGAAGUAAACCCGAUAAUCCUUUAUAUUCGGUUAAGUCGUUUGAAGAGCUGAGACUACCCGAAGAGCUUCUUAAAGGUCUCUACGAUAUGGGAUUCUCUGCGCCGUCAAAAAUCCAAGAGACAGCACUUCCUUUACUAUUAGCCAAUCCACCAAUCAAUUUGAUAGCACAGUCACAAUCUGGUACCGGAAAAACGGCUGCAUUUGUAUUGGCCAGUCUUUGCCGGGUAGAACCAGCUGAACGCACUCCUCAAGUAAUCGUAAUGUCACCAACCUAUGAACUCGCCAUUCAAACGGGCGAAGUGGCCAAACAAAUGGCUAAACAUAUACCACAGAUUACAUUUAGAUUUGGUGUCAGAGGAGAGAAUAUUCAAAGAGGCGAGCAAAUAGCAGAUCACGUUAUAAUAGGAACGCCCGGAAAACUAAUGGAUUGGAUAAUUAAAUUCAAAGCAUUUGAUGUUAAGAAAGUUAAAGUGUUUAUCUUAGACGAAGCGGAUGUUAUGAUUGACACUCAGGGACACCGACACCAGUCUAUUCGUAUUCAGAGAUCAUUACCAGAGACCUGUCAAAUGAUGUUAUUUUCUGCUACUUAUGACAAACCAGUGAUGGAUUUCGCCGAACAGGUCAUUAAGGAGCCGGUGAUAAUCAAAUUGAAACGAGAAGAGGAGAGUCUUGAAAACAUAAAUCAAUAUUAUGUUUAUUGUAAUAAUGAAAUUGAAAAAUACAAUGCUUUGGCCAAUAUAUUUGGUACUAUAUCUAUGGGACAGGCAUUCAUUUUCUGUCACACUAAGGCAUCGGCCGCUCGAUUAGCACAACAGUUACGAAAAGAUGGUCACUCAGUUGGCUUAAUAUCUGGCGAAUUGUCAGUAGAAGAGCGAACACUGGCUUUACAGCGAUUCCGUGAAGGACAAGAACGUGUACUAAUUGCCACAAAUGUAAUGGCAAGAGGUAUUGAUGUCGAACAGGUGACAGUUGUGGUCAACUAUGAUUUGCCAAUAAAUGUUGAAACCAGAGAAGUAGACAAAGAGACGUAUUUGCAUAGAAUUGGUCGAACGGGACGUUUCGGUAAAGAAGGAUUGGCCAUCAAUUUUGUUGAUUCGCCGAAAACGUUUGGCUUUAUAACCGAUUUAGAGAUACAUUUUGGCCGAAAGAUAUUGAAAUUAGACGCCACAGACAUCGAUGAAAUUGAGAAAAUAAAUCAAGAAUAAAAUAAAUGAAUAUCUUUUGUAUUAUUCAAUAAACUAUUUGUUUGUAUGACUU